UUAAUGCAAAAGAAAAUUUUGCAUAGUCAGCUUACAACCAGAGAGAAAAUUUCGAGCAUAACGAUAAACAAAAAGAAAGCAGUCAGAGGUCGAGCUAAUCGACUUCCGGUUAUAAUUCCCAGAAUUUCCAGCUACAGUUUGCGCAUGUUUUUAACUCCUUCGCCAAAGAAAGUCAUCUAUUUGAUCUUCAAAUUGAAAGUAUUAGAUUUGGUUCGUAUAUAUUGAAGAUCCUGGUUCGUUUGGGAUACUUUUAAUAAGAAGAAAAAGGUAUCCUUCGAUCGCCGGUAUAUGUUGUGGAAUACAUUUCAGUCUACAACAGACAAGUUUGAAUGAUGGCUUCUUCUUCACAUGCUGAUCAAGAUCGCGAGGAGAGAGACAAUUUUUUUCGUUUCACAUUGCUUUUGUUUCGUCUUGGCAAUUCUAAGCUCAGAGAGUGUUUAAAGUCACGAUGGCCAACAGUACACCAAAAUGCAAAUGGUACCAUGCCUACACAUCCUUGGAAUGACAAAGCAUCUGAUGCUGCUACACUGAAAACAAUCCUAAAACUAAGAUUCCAGUUUACAAAACAGGAAAAGCAAUUUGAUUCUGGCAAAACAAAUGAAUGGGAUUUUUCACUUUUAAGUUUGGUAUUGCUAUCUACACCCUAUGGUGCUGUUUUAAGCCCUGCAGAAACUAAGACAGUGAAAGAUAUGAAAGAGAUUCGUAACACACUAAUAUGCCAUGCAUCAGAUGCAAGGAUAUCAAUUGCAAAAUUUAACACAGAAUGGCCAAAAGCUUGCAAAGCACUGAAAAGUUUCAAUGCCACCCAAGAUGAAUUUGAUGCUGUAGAAAAAGAUAUAACAAAACCAGUUGACACGUUGUAUGCUAUCCUGAAAGAGUGCUGUAAAUUGGAAGAUGAAAUACUUAAAGCUGUUACUGAUUCGGAAAAAAAUGCUAAAGAUCGACACGAGGAAAUUAUGGGUGGACAAGAGAAAAUCAUAGGGGGAAUAUCAACAUUAACAAAAAAAGUUGAAUCCUUAAGCACAGGAAGAAAGGUUGACGAACCGAAAGCUUCCAAGAUCAGGCGUCUACAGAUGAGCGAAGAUCACCAGCGAUUUCUUCAAGAAAACAUUCGUCAUUUUAAAAACGAUUUCAAUGCUACUGAGCUGUUAGACAAACUGCCUUGUUUGACUGAUGAGCAGAAAAAAGAUAUAGCAUACAAUGAAAAUAACUACCUUCCUUCACAAGCGGUAGAAACCCUAGUGGAACACUUAAAAGAACACGUCGAAGGUUUCUCUCAGUUCAUAAGUGCCCUACGCAAAGCAGGCCUCGGUAGCGUAGCGGUACUACUACAUGGCGAUUCUGGCAUUGAGGAUGACAAAGGGGACAAUCCGGAAGAUUUGGAAGAAUCUAGUUAUAUUUUUUACGAGGAAGCGAGAGUUGCUGAUAUUCGCGGUACAGUACACAUUUUUAGGCGCAAGGACGGAGGCGACCGAAAAGAGGAUGAAAGACAGCCGCUUUUGGAAAAGAAAAUCGCCACAUUAUUCGAAAAUGGCCGUUCUUCUGAAUUCAGGGAGUUGAAAAGCAUUUUUGAAGAGGAACUAUUGCCAAAGGGAGUCUACUUUGCCCACAUCAAGAUGUCCAAUAAUUGCCGUGGAGGCGUACACCUCAUUUUUCGAUUUGCGAUGAAGGUUGAACAUCUAGACGAAAUAUGGAAUAUUUACGAAGAGAAAAAGUUGGAGACGUUUUUGAAAGAGCACCUCCUACCUAAAGCCCUUGGAGAAAGACAAUGCACAGAGAAUGAAGAGGAUUUGUAUUUACAAGUAGUCAUCGAAGAGAAGGAUUAUAAGGCAAUCAAGCGCAAAUUUAAUGAAGAAAGUGAAACCUUAGAAGGGACUGCGACGUCUACUGAAGCCGACGUUGUCGUUGAUGAGGCGAUGGAAACCGAAGCCACAAAAGUAUCCUUGCCUACAAGAAUUCCUCGAAGAAAAGUACUAGUAUAUCUGGAUGAUGGCACCUACAAUCUCAGCCGUGAACUCAAACUUCGUGAGUACCAGAAAGAGCUUGCAGCACCUGCCCUGGAAGGCAAGAACACCAUCAUCUGUGCACCAACCAACAGUGGCAAGACCUUUGUUGCUAUGGAGAUUGCUAAAAGACACCUUGAUGCUUAUAAAGAUAACAAGAAAGAAAAUGAGGGCAAAGAACCCAAGGUUGUCUUCAUUGUUGACAAACAAAACUUGGUACUUCAACAAAAAGGACGUUUCGAGGAAUACCUAACUAACUACAACACAUCGGACAUCACCGGCGCCAGUUCAGAGACCCAGUAUGUCCCUCUUGAGAUACUGCUACAAGAAAACGACAUAGUAGUGUUAACUGCACAGAUUCUGGUGAACGCCAUAAAAGAGAAGAAAGUCAGUAUCAGUGAUGUAACGCUUCUUGUCUUUGAUGAAUGUCACCAUGCCAACAAGGAGCAUGCCUACAACAAAGUUAUGCAAGCAUAUCUGGAUAUUAAAAUAAAUGGUUCGAGUGAGCCUAAGAAACUACCUCAGGUCAUUGGUCUUACCGCUUCCCUCGGUGUUGGACAAGCAAGCAAAGAAGAAAAGGCAAAGGAGCAUGUCCUUUCUAUGUGCGCAAACUUGGACGCCUCCGACAUUAGUACCGUCCGCAAAUGCGAAGAAGAACUCGAGAAAGCUACUGGUGGUAACGUGCUUGAGUGUAAGAGUGUACAAGUGAGCAGGCAAUCUGACAUCUUUGAGCAAGAGAUAAAUAAGAACAUGGAAAAGAUCGAAAGCUUCAUAGGAAAGCCUCCUCAAACGACGAACCGAGAGGUUGAGGGUUAUCGUCAGUGGAUUGAGUUACUUGAAAGUGAUGCUAACAAAAUGGAAAACAGCGAUCAUUUUAUAUACGCACAGCGACUAAGAUGUUAUCACGAGGCACUGCUAAUCAACAGCAACGUCAGAAUUGAAGACGCAAUUCUUUACCUGGACGAGUACUUCAACAGCCUCGACAAAUCAAAGUUUACUGAAACUGAACGGCGUUUACAAGAAUUAUACGUCGAAACGAAGGAGCGAAUCGAAAAGCACAUCCAAGAAGCUGGUACGCCAAAAAAUCCAUUGCUCACAAAACUGCAGGAUCAAAUUAAAGGUUUUCAUGAAAAAGCUGGAGAGGAAUGCCCAGCCAUAGGGAUCUUAUUUACUCGUACGAGGGAAUACGCGUACGCGCUAAAGAGAUGGAUGGAAGAAUCUGAGGAGCUUAAUAAAAUUUUAAAGCCGGAGGUCUUGCUUGGAGGUGCUGCGUUAACGCAAAGCCAACAAGAAAAAGUCAUCCAGAGUUUUAAGGAAGGCACAGUCAACAUCAUCAUUGCGACAACCGUUGCUGAAGAAGGACUGGACAUCCCUAAAUGUAACUAUGUGAUUCGCUAUGGAGUGAAAGGAAAUGAGAUAUCUUUUGUACAGUCACGUGGUCGUAUAAGGGCUGAGGAAGGUAGUUAUGUACAUCUGAGUCACGCCGAGUCCAGGGGAGCUGAACAUGAAAAACGGAACCAAUAUAGAGAAAUGCUAAUGACACUUGCUGUACAAGAAGCCCAGAAUAUGAAGAAAGAGGAAUUUUUGCAAAAGAUUAAAUUGCUUCAAACCAGCAGCGUACGUGUUGCUAAGAAGAAGCAAGAGCAUGAAGAAAAAAAGAAGUCUCAACUCAAAUAUGUCGUCGACCAAAGUGUUGCAUUUCUCUGUAAAAAGUGUAAAGUAGUGGUAUGUAACGCUCAAGACAUUCGUAGGUUUAAAGAGKCACAUCACGUGGUUAUCAACAAGGACAUUUAUAAAAGGAUAACCAUCAAACCCCACGAAAAACCCAAUACUUUCGAUGGCAUUUAUUUUGGUAAAAAGAUUUAUUGUAAGAAAUGUGACCAUGACUGGGGAGUGAUCAUAAAAGUUGAAGAAACAGAAUGGCCAUGUCUGAAGAUGGUUAGUUUCGUGACAACGCUCAACCAUGGCAAAGAAAAAAAGCUCUUCAAAAAGUGGAAGGACCUGCCAUUCAAGAUAUGUGAAGCUACCCUGGAAGAAAUGUUGCAAGCUGAAGAUGAUGAUGAUAAUUGAAAUUGAAGAAUCUAAUCCUUUAGAGAAAAAGGGUCGCAUUAAUGGUUUUAUCUAAAUUCCUGCKCAAAGUAAACUACUUUUGGUAGCGAUUUCUGCUGUUUGCAGAAAUCGUUUGUUUGAUUUUAACUUUGAUAAACGUGUUUAACCUGCCUUCCUUGUCCAUGAUAUUUCGAUUCAGGUUAAGAGGGAAAAAGUAUCAUAGAAAUUUGUUUUCCGAUGUAAAAUUCACUAAGAAAUUUUAAAUAUAUCUUUUUUUUUUUCUUUUUCUUUUUUUCUAUAGAGAGAGUGACCUUUACUCUCUAGCAUCCUUUGUUAUAUUUGUCUCUGUGAGACAACUGAUUGGACAUUAGUGAUAUAGGACCACUCGAUCCGUAUUGGUCGGUCCAAUAGCAUAGCGAUGUCCCACCUAUUGCCUUCACGAGGUUAAUAAAUAUAAUACCCUAAAAUAUGUCUACGUUAUUGCUAAAACGUAUUUUAAAUUACUUAAGAAUAUAUAAAAAUAUCAUUAAUUUUUUUUUUUGGUUUACUCUGGUUAGAUAAACAACUAAUGAAUUAAAGUAGACGAUACCGAGCCUGAAACAUUCCCUCGAGAAGGGGAGGGGGAGUAAUGAGAAAGGAGAGGACUUAUAAACAUCUCUUUUAGAAAAAAUACCUGUCGGUAAAUGGAAAUAAAACAAAAAAAUCA